GUCGGAACCCGAGCCCAACGUCUCGCAAAGCCUUAAACCCCCGACCCGAGCCAGUCUCUCUCUCUCGUCUCACUCUCACCCGGCCGCCACUCUCUUCCAAUUCCAUCCAGCCGUUUCCACCCCACCCCAAUUCCAUUCCAUUUCGUUUCAUUUCCACCCCCUCCGUUCUCCUCCCCCCGAUUCCGAUUUCGAUUCGAUUUGAAACAGGGGCAAGAAAUGCACGACCGAUCCCACAAUCCGCAGCCGGCGGAGGCCGGCGCCGGCAACGGCGGGGCGGCCGGCGAGGGGGGCGGUGGCGGGAACGUGGAUCGGGUGCUCUUCAAGAACCUCGUCGAGAUGGUGCCCCUCGUCGAGUCGCUAAUGGACCGGAGGGUGAACCCGUCCUACUCGCGCCGCGCCUCGCUCGUCUACACGCCGGCGCCGGCCAAGAAGGCGAGCGAUUUGAAGAGCGUGAAGUCGCCACAGAGUGUGUCCGCGAAAAAACGGAGAGACCCUGGUGAUGCAGCCAAGAAAAGUACCCCGGACUCCAAUGGUGAGAAUGGCUCGGUUUCGCCAUUGUCUCUGUCGGGUGCAGAAAAUAAACCCAAGGAUGAGAUUGCUGUCCUGCGCGAGCAGAUUGAUGACCUGCAGAAGAAAUUGCUCGAGAAGGAGGAGGCCCUGAGGUACGCGGAGAACUCAGUGAAUGAGAUGAAUGUGGCAUACGCGACCAUUGAUGAGCUAAGGCGCCAGGUGGCUGAGCAAGAAGCUCUGAUCAGAUCUACCAAUUCUCAGUUGCAUGAUGCAAAGAUUAUGCUUGCGGACAAACAAGCGUCUUUAGAGAAACUGGAGUGGGAGGUGAAGACGUCAAAUAAAAAGGUUGAAGAUCUUCAAGGAGAUAUGUCCAAUAUGGAAUUCGAGAUAAGUUCAUUGAUGGCGUUAUUUGAAAAAGUUUCGGAAAAUGUUUCAGGCGACUGUUAUGAUGGUAGUAUACCAUCAUCAUAUGAACUAGAGGCACUUCAAUCGACGAGCGAAAUUGACAAGAUUGAGGUCGAGAAGAUAGAGCAAGAAAGGAUUACAUAUGCUGAAGCUCUCGCGGCUGCGAGAGAGAACCCUAAUGAGGAGCGCCUGAAUUUAGCUGCCGAGGCACGGUCAAGGCUGCAGGUCCUUGUACUAUAAUGCUCCUUCUGAUUGUAAGUGUAUGUAUGAUAAUGUUGAACUGCUGAUGUAAUUGUAAGUGUUGGCUUGAGUUGAGGUGCUUGUGGAAUCGCUCUGGUGGUGAUGGAUUAAGCACCACCAGAGGUGAUGGAUUAAGCACUGGAAAGUGACUGUUGUUCUAUUUUGUAAUCAUAUUUAUUCAGUUUUGAGUCCUGCAUUGUUCAUUAUGAAAUUUCAGCUGUAGUUUAGAA